GCUCAUUUUUUAUGUGAAGCAUUACAUUCGUACCAAUUAUUUCAAGAAAUUUAUUCAAUAUCGCAGAAAACGGACAGCUUGCGUUACGCAUGAUGUAUGGGACAAUUGAACGUGUUAAGCAUGUUAUUAGUUUUACGACACAAGGAGAAAAACUAAAUUACUAUCUUAGGCGUUCGGUAUUUUCUGUUUUAUAGUAAUUGAAGUACUGUAGUUUUAUCCUUUAGGCUGGAUAUUAAAGGAACAUUGAGAACGAUGGACAAUUUUGACCAGAAGACUUCCUAGUUAUUGUUGACAGGCAUUUGAAUCAUGUGGACUAUUGUAAUAGUAAUGGAUUCCGAUUAUAAAAUAGAAUUUUCUCAUUGCGCAGGGCUCUAUAUUUACUGAUUAUUAUCUAGAAAAUUAUAUUAUUUUUCUGUAUUCUAUUGAUUAUUUAACAGCUAUGUUUAUUAAUUCUAAAAUCUUAUUUAUGGUUUUAUUGACUACAAAUUUGACAACAAAAAGGAUUAUUCCUUUCUUCACGUUCACUACAAGUAUUCCACCUGCGCAUCGUACAAUGGGGCAAAUGAAUGGAGAAAAUCAAUGAGUUAUAAAGCUUCGUGAAUUUCUUCUAGUGAAAUCUAUAAAGUUUAAAUAUAGUUUUUUUUAAUAUUUCUUACCCUGACUUUUUAAACAUUUUUGUAAAAAUAUAAUAAUGAAGAUUGUGGGACUCAUUUAAUAGAAGCGAGUAAAAUAUUUUUUGUAUAAUCUUUCAAAUAAUUUUUCACUUUUCCUGAAAAGCUUGCUUGAGUUGCGUCAUUUUUGAAAUACAUCUUUUGUUGAUAAUUUAAAAAUAUCGAAUUAUCGCUGUCGGUAAAAUAGGGCGCGCUACUAUUCUUAACUCCAAUAAGAGAGCGCUACCUUUACCCGCUUAAUUGAUCAGAUCAAUCUAAUUGAGUGCUUUUCACCACAUUCUCCACGCUAACAUGACGACGAAGAGUGUAAAAACGAAAUUAGUCCCGCCGGAUGGAGGAUGGGGAUGGGUCGUCCUUUCUUCAGCUCUUGUCGUGAACCUCCUUAUUCCGGGUACCGUGAAAUCGUUUGGUGUCCUCUUCGUCGAAUUUCUUCACGUUUUCAAAUCCACUUCUACCGCCGCCUCAUGGAUGCCAGCUUUAUGCUACUUUUUAUACAACUCUUUAGGUCCACUAUCCAGCAUUUUAUCAACUAGGUACUCCUACAAAACAGUGACCAUCAUCGGCGGCGCGUUUGCAGCUAGCGGGAUGAUGCUGAGUUACUUUGCUAAUUCAGUUUCCUAUUUAUACGUUAGCUAUGGCUUGAUGGUUGGAAUUGGUGCUGGACUAACAUUUCCACCAACAGUGUAUAUUGUAACUUCAUAUUUUGAAAGGCUUCGAGGUUUCGCAAAUGGCUUGUGCAUCUCUGGUAGUGCAAUUGGAACUAUCGUGUUACCACCUUUUCUACAGUAUCUUCUUGAUUGUUUUGGAUAUAGAGGUGCAGUAUUAAUCAUGGGCGCACUCACAUUAAAUACAUUGGUAUGUGGUUUACUAUACCAUCCUGUUGAACAACACAUGAUCAUGGUACCAGUAGAAGGAGGAAUUGAUAAUCAAGGAUUAACUAUAGAUGAACCAGUCCCCCAUAAAAAAAAACUAACAGCAUCCAGCACGAUUGAGAAUGAAACAUCAUGCAGCAAUACAAGAUCAAAGAAAGAAGAAAGUUCUGAAACUGAAAAUAUAAUGAAUAACUCUAAAAUAAAUCCUUGUUUGAAAGAUAAAAAUGAGGAUAAAGGCGAUGAAGCAAAGAAAAAAAAUACUUUCGAAAAAGGUCCUAGUUUGAACAAAGAGAAAGAAGAUACUGUAAAUUGUCAAAACGUGGAUUCUUUACGAAGAGAAAGUAAUACUUCUGAAGUUCUUGUAACUUCCAAUAAAUUAAAAAAUGAAAAGCUAGAGUUGAAUAACACAUCGUUGAGUAAGAACAGAGACGAGAAGUUGUUUGAAAGUUCGAAAAGAGAACUAGGAGAAUUGUCAGAAAAAUCAAUAUCUGGAACAUCGUUGACUAAGGUUGAAGUAAAAAAUAAACGACAAUUCUUUGACUUGAGUGUACUUAGAGAUCCAAUUUAUUUAGUAAUUCUCAUUUCAAACUCUACCUCAGCUAUCAGCAAUACCAAUUUUAUGAUCUUACUGCCUUCAUAUGCUAUUUCACAAGGAUUUGAUAAGAAUUCUUCAGCAUUACUUUUAUCAAUUGUUUCUGCUCUUGAUUUAGUUGGGCGAAUCAGUGGUGCUUCAUUAUCAGAUAUCGACUUUGUGCCAAAGUAUUAUUAUUUCGUUGGUGGCCUGGGUACUAGUGGAAUAGCUUUGGCAUUAUUACCUAUGGCAACAAGUUAUACAAUGCUUUCUUUCUUUUGUGCAUUGUUUGGAUUGUCUUCAGGCAUGUACAUUGGUAUCACAACGGUAAUUUUAGCAGAUAUGCUUGGCACAGAAAAACUUAGCUCGUCAUAUGGGAUAUCUUUAUUUGUUAAUGGAGUUCUUCAAUUAAUUGGUCCACCUAUAUGUGGCGUUAUAUUUGAAACAAUAGGAUCAUAUAAACCCAUAUUUCUAGCAUUUGGUAUUAUACUUAUUCUUGGCACUGCAUUAUGGGCAGCUGUACCUCUUAUAAAGAGGAGCAACAAAAAAUCUUUACAAGUUGCAUAAUAUUUCAUAAUUACUAGUUUCUAUAAUGAAUAUUGCACAAGUUUAAAAAUUAUAAGGUAUUAUAGACUUGUUAAUAACAGCAUUAUAACUGCCAUUUAAACCAUACAGUUUUUUUUUAGAAAAUUUUUCAUUUUUAAUCAUUUAAAGUUGCAAGUUAGUCUUUUUAUUCACGGAUCUAUAGUAAUACAUCAUUAAUAUUAUUAUCAUUUCGAAUACUGAUACUGAUCUAAUUUUAUUUGUGUAUAUUGAUAUACUUAAUAACUUAUAGUUUAAUUAUCAGUGAGUUUACUAUAGUUUUAUUUAGUUAUAAUAAGGAAUUAUUUUACUGUUAUGGUUGUAAAUGGGCAUAUAUGCAGUCAUAUUUGAUGUUAAUAAUGAAAUUAUAUGGACAAGAUAAGAGUAGAAAUAAGAAUAUAUUAACCCUACGUUUACGUAUUAAUAUAAAAUUUAUUAUAUGAUUUAAAAUUUUAAGUCAUGAUUACAUAUCAAUCGUACUGUAUACAAUUCCAAAACAAACAAUUAUAGCAACAAGGAUAUUUUAAUAUAAUCGGUAUAGUAAUGCACAAACGUAACUUUAUUAUGAUAUCAUUAAAGUUUAACAUCUCAAGUUUACCAGCCAUUAAUGAAAUUGAAUCAUGAUUUUCUAAUAGUUAAAUAAUGCUUGAUAACUUUUGCUAAAAUUGGCAAAAAGAUUAAUACUAUGUUUAAAUAAAGAAAAAAAUAAAAAUGACUUUACUAUUUGUGAGAAAGUUUUUUAGGAAUUUAUAAUUAUACCAAAGCAUUCUUUUGUAUACUAUUAUCAAUUUUCAAUGAUUUCUUGGUGCUUAAACUUGUUGGUAUACUAAUUUCGUCCAAUAUUAUAGUACAAUCUAUAUACAAUGUAUUACUGAGUUACAUAUGUCUUUCCAGAAAUAUCAUAUAUUAAUACAUGUUAAGUAGAAUUGUUAUUGUGCAAUACUUUUACUAUUACUGAAAUUUUUCUAGCUAGUUUCAAUAUAUUUUUAUAUACUUCAUUAACUGUAAAGAGAUAUGAUACUUUAAAUAGGUUACUUUAAGACAUUUUUGAAAGUUUCCUGUGAAGAAAUGUAUAUAUAGUUAUUGAUAUUUUAGCUACUUAAAAGUAAAAAUUAUGAUCCAUUACUAUUAAUAUCAUAGAUAAUCAGAGAUUACAUAUCAUAGCUGUAUCGUCCAUCACACUUUGUCUGAAAAUUCUUUCAAAAUGAUGGUACUAAUUAAGCACAAUUUACAAUUAAUCAGCAGAAAUGAUUAAAUGUAGAUUUAUCUUAAUCCUUGCACAUAUAGUUACUUUUUUACACAAUAUGGUGCUAAUUAAUAAUAUGAAAUUUGCUAUUUAAAACUUGCGACUUCUAUAAGCUGUAAAAAGUAAGACUUGUAAUAUUGAUCCAAUAGUAGAUUUGUCAAUUUUUUAAAUUUGGCUAAAAUUCACUACUUCCAAAAUAUGUUUUUAAAACACUAAAUAUGUAAAAAAUGUAAAAAUUCCAAAGUUGACAUUUUUUCGGUCUUUAAAAGUAGAACAUUCACUUAAAUAAAUAAGUCACCUUUUAUAAAUGAUCUGAAUUUUUGGAUAGAUCACACAAACAUAAAGGUCUUCAAAAUUCGAAUACUGUACAAGUUUUAUUUUUCAAGAAAUAUUAAUUCAAUACAAACUGUAAUAGUUCUAAUUCCAAUUUUAGUACUAAAUAUAUUAAAGAAACAAAGACAAUGAUAUAAAUAAAUUGUUAUAUUAUUUAUGUCAUUGUUUACAUCAUGAAAAGUAUUGUAUUACUAGACUUAUUAGAGAAUCUUUUUACUAGGAGAGAUUAAAAAUUACUAGAUUCUGUUUAUUAUAUGUGCAUAGAAAAUUUUAAUUAUAUAUUUAUACCAAAUACUCAGCUGUUUCUAUUUAUAUUAGUUAUAGAUUUUUCCAUGUAUUACAAUAUCAUUAAUCACUGAUGAUCUGGAUUUCUGUGCACAUACUCUCUGGUAAAAAUUUCUUCAUUUUUGUACAAACGUGAUGCGUCAAUAUGCAUUCAAUUUUUUAGUUCAAGUUUUUAUUUGAAUACUGGUUAAUAUUUUAAGGAACAAAAAAGUCAUCUAUGUAUUGCAGUAUAUAUAAUUACUAUAGUUUCCUUUUAGAGUUAAUUGAACAAGAUUUUUGUAUUGUAGAGAAAAUUUCUGAUUUUUGUAAUGAUAUUAAGAAUGAAUGCGAAUGAUUAAGUGUUACAAAUGUAAUUUUUAUAUCUGAGUAGCAUUUAUUUAAAAUAAUUUGUAAAAUAAUCAGACAUUAUGAUUACAAAUAAGAACAAUGGAAUGUAGCAAGAAAAAAUAAGAAAAAUAAGAAAGUAUUAUCAAAUGUAUUUUCUACUGAAAAUAAAGAGAAUUAUGUCUGUAUAUAAUGUUUUUACAUACAUAUAUUAUACUAUAUGUAAAAUAUUUCACAGAAGUUUUGUUUAACUUUCUGCACGUUUCUUAAAAAAUACUUUCUAUAUUCCUUUUCACAUUACUUAAAGAAAUCUUAAUGUACAAUAAUUUUAAAUAAUAUAAUAUUAAAUACUAUAAAAUACUUUACAGAAUUAUACUAAAAUAAUUAUCGAAAUAUUUUUUAACUGCAAUUAUUUUACGUUAUCACUAAAAUACUAUUUUUAUUGUCAUAGACGUUUGCUCUCUUAAAAUUUAUGUAUGAACUGUAAUCAAAAUUUGUUAUUUAUUAUAAUAAACAAUAAAAUUUGAAUACUUAUUCAGCAGUUAA